CGCAGUAAACGGAAGUUGAAUACGGUUAUGAAUGUCAAAUAGUAGCGCGGUGUGCUAUGUCUUGAGGUAACCCUGAAUAAAAAUGUUUGCCUACUGUUUGUUUCGGAUAGCACCGUCCACUCAAUGUAUAAAAGGCAGUGCUUAUUCUGCGUUUCUGAGCAGAAUAAGCACUGUAAACAGGAUACAGACAUGUGGAUAUGCUAAGAAAGUUGUUUCCAAAGGAAAAGGUAAAGGCAUGGUGAAAGAAGAACUGAAAGGUCCAGAGGUGUGUAAAGACCCAGUCAGACUUACAUCAUAUGCAGUCGGAGUUAACAUCUACAAACAAGGGGAGGACCCUAAAAUAAAGCCUCCAGAGGAAUAUCCCGAGUGGUUGUUCCAGUUGAACUUGGGAAACGCCAAAAAGCUGCACGAGUUGGAACCUGACACUUGGCAGUACUGGAGGCGUCUGAGGAAGGAGAACAUGUGGCGCAACAACAAACUGCGCAAAGGGCAGAAGAUGUAAAACAUGGACUCUGCUGACCUGCAGCUUGUCUGUGUUUCAGGGCACACUCUGGUGUGAAUAAAAGUGAUAUGACUCGUGUUCACAACUCAUGUCUGUAAUGAUAAGGACUAAUUGUCACAUGCCAUUUACUCACCAGGUCACCUGAAAUCAUGUGACAUUGAAAUUGUAGCGAAGAGCUGAACAAAUAAGUGGAUUUCUUUUCAGGUUGCUGAUGUUGAGGAAAGGCUCUACCCAAAGUGAUAAUGGAGUCCAGUUCAAUUAAAGAUGUUCAGUACAAAAUAGUGAAAGGUUCUGUUGGAUAACAAAACUUCAGAUUUACUGCUAUGAUAAAAUAUGAGACAUGAAAAAGUAUGUUUUCAUUUCUGUACUUGUGCUUUGGUUUUCUUUUAUAAAUCAUAUUGACUGCACCAUUCUGCCUGCCUCUCACUAAUUUGACACAGAACUUUGCAAAUAUCCCAGAUAGUGGUAAAUUAGGUAAAUGUUGGUGUAUGAUGUCUGUUAGUCCUCGUAGCAAUACAAAAAUAAAUUUUAAUUCAAAUGCA